AUGGUGUGUCCCAGAUAAAGAUAUGAUUAACUGAAUCUAAACUCGGUUAUUCACAUCACAAAUUUUGUUUUAUACAACUUUUAGGCCUAAAUAUAUAAAUUGAUUGAGCUUGCUUAGCUUCAAGCGGAAGGUUAUUCCAAAGAUAAGCACCGCUAUAUUGAAAGCUUCUUUUGAGAAAUUCUCUGUUUGGCUUUGGAAGGGUCAGAUCAGUUUGAAAAUUGCUAAGAUUAUAAUUGUUUAGUAAAAUAUUUCUACUUAUGAAUUAAUCUUUCGGAGUUGGUGCAGCACUAUUACUCAAGACUUUAUAUAGGAAUGUUGCCUUGGUUAAGUGCCAUCUUCAAUCCUGGACAUAAAUUAUUGGCAAAAGGGUAAAAAAUAAGAAAAUUCAUCGAAUUUCACCCCUUCCCCUAAUAUCAAUGUUGAUGGGUGUAUUCGAGGCCAGAUAACUUGGCCGAACAUUGAUAUUGGGGGAAGGGGGCAUCAUUGGGACAAACAUGUCUUAAAAUUAUAUUUUGAAGUAAUAAACUAGUUUUUGCCACUUUUUUGUCCAGGAUUGUUGUUACCAAAUUUACCCAGUCAAGAGUUCGAAGAACGUCAGCAGAUCUGAUCUCAUAACUGGCGCCAGCUAUUAUUCUGGCAGCCCGAUUUUGGAACUUUUGUAAAUUUACGAGCAAAUACAAGACUAUUUCGUAUAUUGAAAACAAUUAACAUUACACAGAUAACUGCCUGUUGGCCACCAUGACGAUAAUGAACCGCAUAUAAUCACUCUAUUUUUUUAGGACUGAGAAAAAGAGAAAGUUCCUCGCCCCGCAGAAAAAUGCAAAACAAGUGGCGUGGGAUGGAAGUGACAGUGACUCCAGUUUCGAUGACAACGUCAUCCCAAUAGGUAGGCAACGUUGCCAAGGUAAAAAUAAUAUUUGAAUAGACAUAUCGCGAAAGCCGGAAAAUUCAGGUUUCUACUGCACUUCCGGUUUUGAAGAAUGUUUGAUACAGAGAUACUUCAAGUUGUAGUUUAGUUGCAAUAAUUCACGUUUCUGUGAGUUCAUCAUUAGAAAUCUUGCGAAACAAUGGACAUGUUGGGGGUUUUGCGAUAGGUCUGUUCUUCGUACAAGUACAUGAUGAUCGAAGUGGCAGUCACGUUCGUUCUGCUUAUGCCCGUGUUUAAUUUACAUAUUGUUUGCAAGCAAUUCAAUUAAAAUUGUUGCCAUUACCACACAUUACUUCAUUACGCAUUUAGUAUAACAUUAGCUGCUAAUCAGAACACAUUUUAAAGAGCGAACGUUAAGAAGCAGCUCUGGUGCAUAAAAUUUACACUAUACUUUACAUAGAAUUUGACGAUGAUCGUUGGUGCACAAUGCCAUAAAAUACACAUUGAGUAGAAGCUUGUGUAAAUUAAAAAAGUAAAAAACCUAAAACAAGCACGAACAAUAUUUAGCUUUAUAACUCUCCAUAAUAUAUCAUCAUAUCUUCAGGUAUUGCAAGAAAGAAAAAGAAAACUGCUAAGUGCGCCUGGUCUCAAGAUGAGAUGGACUAUAUCCGGGAUGGUAUCCAAAUGUUCGGUGCAGGGGAUUGGGCAGCGAUACGCGAUCAUUAUCCAUUUCAAAUUGCCCAUCAAAACUCAGUUAAGAUUAAAGAUAAGUAUCGCAAUAUGGUGAAGAAUGGACUGAUCGUUGAAGAGCAAUAAGAAUUCAAAGUAGUCUUUAGUGUUGGGUUGUACGCAGUGAUCAAACUACAGAUCGGGUUGUGUUGUAUAGUGCACUAUAUACAGAGUUUGCUCUGUAGUGAUACAACAUUGAGAAUUCCUCGUGCAACAUGGCCUUGGGGAACAAACCAGGGAUAGCAAGGAGGAAUUUAAUUCUCGACCAAUCAAUGCAUUUGUUGACAUUUUCGUCAAGUUCAUUUUCGUCAUUUUUGACAAGUCUACUUCCGGUAAAAACAUACAUUUGAACAGAAUAUUUAGGGUCUUUAUAAAUAAAGGUUCGAAGGGGUCAGGAUUUUUAAUGUUUCUGAUUGGAUUCAACCUGAGAAUUUAAAAUAAGAAGUUUUCUAAAAAUUUGACGCUGGGAUAUGCGUCUUAUUGCCUAGUUUGAAAGUUAUCGGCAUUCGGACAGCGUCGUAUAAAAAGCGCGAAAGUUCGAAUGCCGAUAAUUUUAGAACAAGACCAUAAAACGCAAAUCCCAGUGGCAAAUUUUUAGAAACCUUAUCUUUCCUUGUCACGUUGAAUCCAAUAAAAAAUUAAAAAUUCUGAUCCCCUCGAAGUUUAAUUUAAGACCCUAAAUUUUCUGUUCAAAUGUUUUUUACCGGAAGUGGGUUUUCUGGACUCGCAGGGAAACUACCUACAAUAGCCAAUUACGCAUUCUGAUUGGCUUAGAGCGAAAUUGUCAAAAAAAUGCGCUGAUUGGUCUAGAACAAAAUUCCCCCUUGUUACCAGAGACACGUGCAUACAGCUAUUUCAAUUAAGGUUGUCCACGAGCAAAGCGGAAAAGUCGAAUACGAGCGCGAAAGGCUGCUGGGAACCGCUUUGAAAAUUCAUUAAUUUGUUAACGAUUCCCAGCGCUCGUAUUCGACUUUUCCGCUUUGCUCGUGGACAACCUCAAUUGAAAUAGCUGUAUAUACUGGGAUAUUUGCGGUAAUCGUCGAUGAAAUAGAAUGAACUAACAGUAAAAGGAAGUAUAUACUUUUCCGAAAGUCUCGCUGUUUCCCGAAACGAAGUCUUGGAAGAGUUUCGAAGGGAAACAAAACUAUUUCAGAGGGAACAGACAUUAGUAAAGUGUGUUGCUACAGUAUAUAGCGACGAAAGAAAAAUCAACAAUGUUCAUACAAGCAAAAGUUUAUAUUUAAAAGAACCUACUUAAAUGGUUGCCUGUUGUG